GUGUGUACACGUCGAUUGACAGCCAGAAAAGAAGUGCUUAUUUUCACAAAAUCUAAUCCCGUCGGUCACGAACGAAAUACAUUGGCAAGUGUAGUAGAAAAGUUGUGAAUUUUGUGUCCGUUUUUCGAUAGUAAAAGUUAAAUCGUGAAUUCCAUACAUCGUGCCAUAAGCAGGUGUUCUUUGUGCGCUGAUUUAGGAAUACAAAUAGAGUCAAAAUGGGAAAUGAAACAUCUUUGCCUAUGGAGCUGUGCUCAAAUUUUGACGCUGACGAGAUUCGGCGUUUGGGCAAACGCUUUAAGAAACUCGAUCUGGACAACUCCGGUGCGCUGAGUAUCGAUGAGUUCAUGUCGCUUCCAGAAUUGCAACAGAACCCGCUGGUCCAACGCGUCAUAGAUAUCUUCGAUGCAGACGGCAACGGGGAAGUAGACUUCAAGGAGUUUAUCCAAGGUGUAUCGCAGUUCAGCGUCAAGGGGGACAAGCUGUCCAAGCUGAAAUUCGCCUUCCGAAUAUACGACAUGGACAACGAUGGAUACAUCUCCAAUGGGGAACUGUUUCAGGUGCUGAAAAUGAUGGUUGGAAACAAUUUGAAAGACACUCAGCUGCAGCAAAUUGUGGACAAAACCAUUGUGUUUGCCGAUAAGGAUGAAGAUGGCAAAAUUUCCUUCGAAGAGUUCUGUUCGGUUGUUGGCAAUACCGAUAUUCACAAAAAGAUGGUCGUCGAUGUUUAAAGUACUAACUAAUAAUGAUAUAUACAUAAAAAAAAAAACAAAAAUUUACUUGCUAGCAAAAAACUAUCUAAUUUAUUAACGUAAAAACAAAAUAAGAGUGUUUGUGAAUGUUGCAUCUGAUGAAAACAGAAAAACACAAAUGUUGUAGGUACUUUUAGUUUUUUUCUGUGUUGUUCACUCUCCAUUUUUUCCUCUCAUGUUAUAGAAUUAAACAUACAAUUUAAUGAAUAAGAUCUGUCAAAAGUUUUAGGAAAGAUUUAAAACUAAACGUGCGCUUGAUUACCGCAAUAACAAUCCGCUCAUAAUUCUAUCAAUAGCUCCGUACUUGAGAAGAGUUUUUUGUUUGUUAUUUUGUUAACUGGGGGUUUAUUCUAUGAGGCGCUUGAGAGAAAACGGGCAUUUAGUGCCAUGUAACGACACAAAGUAAGAGGACAAGUCACGCCACACGGAGUAGUUCCAGGUUGCUUUAGUUUAUUUUAAUUUUACCGAUUGUGUAACUUGAAACGAAAAACGAAAAAAAUCCAUCAGCGCUUCUUUUUCAAUGAACGACUGAACUUUUUUUCAAAGGAUGCAAUCUAUCUAUCGACACACUUCACACAGUACUUAACCAACAAACCACAAGCUAAGGCAAAUCAAAAGCAUCAUCAACUUUGUUAACACUAUUUAACUUAAUAACGGAGCUGACGAGUUAUUUUUUAAAGACAGUCGGAGCAAAGUAUAUAUAGAUAUGGGUCAACUAAUUGCUACCGCUAGAUAAUAUUAGGCUAUACUGUGAAUGUCAUACUGAUUUCCCCCAGUUUAAUUGUAAAAUCUCCAAAACAACGGACAUGUAUUGUCGUCUAGUAGAGUCUUAGUUAGGAGCCAAUUAUUCUACACACUAUAAUUGUUGAGUCUUGAUUGACGUUCCCAACUGAAUUGCACUCGCAACUAGUGCUGCUAUUAUCGAUACUACCGUUACUCUGUAUUUACUCUCCCCCAGAAACCACCGUUAUUGUUGUCUCCGUCUAUCUCAGCGCCAAAAAACAGAACCUUUAUCUAAUCCUACUAGGUUUCCUCCAUUCAGUUGGUAAGAUUUUAUCAAGCACGUACUCAUAAUAAUAAACACACACAAAAAAAAACAUACACAAUAGCCGAGAGCAAAAUUCGAAACUACUGUUCAUCACUAGUUAUAUUAAGAUUUAACGAUAAAAAAAUGCAGUCAGCAAAAGUGACCACGAUGUUUUAAAUGAAGGUAACUGCAGUUUCCUUACUAGAGUGCAAUGAAUUGUUUUAGCCAGCACAACUCGUGUGGCAAUAGAAAAGGUGCAAUUUUGUCUAAUAUGUCCGAGCUUUGCCUUCUUUCGAACCAACAGCAAUCGGGUACAUUUGCUAUCCGCAAACAACCAAACCAAGGGUCUUUAGUCGGACCGGAUUGGCGAUCGGAUCACGAAGCUAAGCGUACGAGCUCGUCAUAUUGUAGAGGAACAUCUGUUUUUGUUUUCCGCCAACAGAAAUGUAACGCAUUGAGAAAUUAACUAUUUCUACCAACUUACGAAAGAAUAAAUACAAAUAAAAUCUUUUUCAACAACACUUUAAA